CUUGUGGAGCUGUCGCGGCAGGCGGCCAAGGUGCCGGCGCUGGCGGCUGAGCUGGAGCAGACGCAGGAGGAGCUCAAGGAGGUGCAAGGCCUGCUGCGCGACACCCAGGCCGCCUUCAAGCUGCUGAUGGAGACGGUGAGGGAGAAGGAGGCGGCGGCGGAGGAGCUGGAGGGGCAGGCCGACGGCCUGCGCGGCGCGGCAGAGGCGCUGCGGCGGACGUGCGGCGAGCUGGAGGGCGCGCUGCAGGAGAAGGAGGCGGAGCUUGGCUGUUUGCAGCAUGAGCUGCGGGCGGGGCAGGAAGAGGCGGCCGGCUGGCAGCGCCGGUGCAGGCAACUGCAGGGGGAGGCGGAUGGGCGGGAGCUGGAGCUGGCGCGGAGGGACCUGCGGGCAAAGGAGGUGGAGGACGCGCUGCACGCGCUGGGGUCCAGGGCGGCGGAGGAGGCGGCGGCGGCGGCCAGCGAGCGGCAGGGGCUGGAGGGGGCGGUCAAGACGCUGGAGGCGCGGCUUGCGCAGGCGAGCCCCGGCCGCCGCCAGAGCGCGCCUGCCAGGAUGGACCUGGCCCGCACCCGGGAUGAGCUGAGCGGCGCGGAGCAGGCGCAGGUCACGGCACGUGCGGAGCUGGAGGCCUCGCAGCAGCACUGCACGCAGCUCAGGGCCCAGCUGAAUGAGGAGCAGCUGCGUGCCAGCAAGCUGCGGGGCGAGCUGGCGUCGCUGAGCGGCAGCCACAUCAAGGACCAGAAGGAGAAGAGCGGGCUGCUGGCAGACACGCUGGCGCGCCUGCAGGCUGAGGAGGCGGCCAAGCUGUCGGCGCAGCAGGAGGCGCGGGCCAUCCGGCGGAGGGUGGAGGAGCUGGAGGGCUCCCUGGCCGAUGCGGCGGCGGCCCAGGCGCGGAGCCAGGAGGCGUACGAAGGGUCUCAGGCGGCGCUGGAGUCGAUGCGCAAGAAGCUGGAGGCGUACAAGCGGGAGAACAAGAGCCUGCUGAGCAGCUACGACCAGUGGCUCAAGUCGGUUGUCGCCACGCGGCAGCCCGUGGUGGGCGCCUCGCCCUGA